AUGACGACAGCCCAAUCCAUCGGCAUUGACGCAUUCGCACUGAACUGCGCCAGCGUAGACAGCUACACCCCAACCCAGCUAGCCCUAGCCUACGAAGCCGCCCAGCAGGUCAACUUCAAAGUGUUCAUCUCCUUUGAUUUUGCGUACUGGACCAACGGGGACACAACAAAGAUCACAGAGUACAUGAAUCAAUAUGCAGGCCACCCGGCACAGAUGCAGUACAAGGGAGGUGCAGUAGUAAGUUCAUUUGUCGGAGACAGUUUCAAUUGGGAAGCAGUGAAGCAAGGCACAUCCCACCCUCUUUACGCAUUGCCCAACCUCCAAGAUCCAGCCGAGGCUACGACCGGUCCUGCGAAGAGUGCGGAUGCCGUCUCACCUUGGUUCUCCACGCACUUCAACACCAAGAACUGGGUUUUCGUUUGCGAGAAUCUGCCAACAUUACGUUGGGAACAAAUGCUUUCCCUUCAGCCGGAUCUGAUUGAGAUUGUUUCAUGGAAUGACUACGGCGAAUCCCACUACAUCGGCCCUUACUCAACCCACCACAGCGACGACGGCUCUUCUCAGUGGGCAGCGGACAUGCCCCACGGCGGUUGGCGUAACCUAUUCAAGCCCUAUAUCGCAGCCUACAAAUCCGGCGCAAAAACACCUACCGUGGAAGCAGACGAAGUUGUGUACUGGUACCGACCUACACCCAAGGGCGUCGUGUGCACGGGAGAUAACCUGUCAGCACCAAUGGGUACUGAUAUGCUCAGUGAUAGUAUCUUCGUCGCGACUAUGUUAACAAGCUCAGCUACCUUGACUGUGCAGAGUGGGAACAAUGCUCCGGUUAGCAUUGAUGUUCCGGCGGGGAUUGUUACUUCGAAUGUGACGAUGGGGGUUGGGGCCCAGUCUUUCAAGGUGACUCGCAAUGGACAGACGAUUUUGAGUGGCCAGGGAGGUUUGGCUGUUCAGGAUAAUUGUGUUCAUUACAACUUCAACGUUUAUGUUGGGUCGAUCACUGGAAGUAGUUAG